AGAAAGAGAAUUAGGGUGAUAGGGAUACGAGACAGUUCUCUGAUCAAACCCUAGAGUUCGUUUCGUAUUCCUGUUCCAUCGGUUUCUCCUGCAUAUACAUAUCAAAAGGCUCAAAGAUUUCUCAAAUUCUUUCCCCUCGAGAUCGUCUGCAAUUUCACCGUCGUUUCAAAUUCUAAUUCCCCGAGUCGGGUGGCUCGGAGAGUUUCUGGAGAUCGUCUGGGUUGAAGCCAAUCGUUUCAAUUGUUUUGCGGCGGCCGGUUUAAUUGAAGAUUUCUACAGUGUUAGCUGAGCGUUAUAUUAUAUUCGAUUCAAUUCAAGCACGGGCGUUCUCUUUGAUCUGAAGUCAUCUCGAAGCGCGUGAGAGAGAGAGAGAGGUUUCAUCUCUUGAAGUCGAAUUAGAGAAGUAAAGAAUCAAAUAUAUAUAUAUAUAUAUAUAUAUAUUGAGUUUUUCUUGUUGUAUGAGUUUAUACAUACUUGUUGGAAAUCAAAUUCUGGCCUUCAUAUUUUUUUUUUUAAAUUAAGGAAGGGCUUCUUGGGUUAAGGUUUUUUUUUUUUGGGAAAGAGUAGAGAGAUUCUUGUGUGGGUGUGUGUGGUUUAUAUAUAUUGUAUUUUUGAUUCUAUUUAUCAGAUUAAAUCGAAUGGCAAUUUAUUACAAGUUUAAGAGUGCGAGGGAUUAUGAUACUAUCCCCAUGGAUGGUCCUUUUAUAUCAGUUGGUAUUCUCAAAGAAAAAAUUUACGAAACUAAGCAUUUGGGAAGUGGUAAAGACCUUGACAUUGUCAUCUCUAAUGCCCAAACUAACGAAGAAUAUCUAGAUGAAGCAAUGUUAAUCCCAAAGAAUACCUCUGUUCUCAUUCGCCGUGUCCCUGGACGCCCUCGCAUCAGAGUUAUUACCAUACCAGAGCCUAGAGUUGAGAAUAAAGUGGAAAACGUUCAGGCUGAUACUAACAAUAUUGUUACUGCUGAUAUAACUGCAGCUGAAGAUGAAUUUGAUGAGUUUGGGACUGAUUUGUAUUCAAUCCCUGAUGCACCAUCUAUCCAUUCUAGUCACGACCCUGCACCAGCCGAUGAUAAGGUAGAUGAAGAAACCAAAAUAAAGGCGUUAAUUGACACUCCGGCAUUAGACUGGCAGCAACCAGCUGCGGAUGGUUAUGGCCCGGGCAGAGGUUAUGGAAGGGGUAUGGUUGGAAGGAUGGGUGGACGCGGUUUUGGAAUGGAAAGAAAGACGACUCCGCCACCAGGCUAUACUUGCCAUCGUUGCAAUGUUCCUGGACAUUUUAUUCAACACUGCCCCACAAAUGGCGAUCCUAGCUAUGAUGUUAAGAGAGUUAAACCACCUACUGGUAUCCCUAAGUCAAUGCUGAUGGCGACCCCAGAUGGCUCUUAUUCCUUGCCAAGUGGUGCAGUAGCAGUUUUGAAACCAAAUGAGGAUGCGUUUGAGAAGGAAAUGGAGGGAUUGACAUCAACAACACGUUCUGUUGGAGAAUUUCCUCCUGAACUCAAAUGUCCAUUGUGCAAAGAAGUAAUGAGACAUGCUGCACUGACGAGCAAAUGCUGUUUCAAGAGUUACUGUGACAAGUGUAUCAGAGAUCACAUCAUUACGAAGUCAAAAUGUGUCUGUGGAGCAACUGAUGUACUAGCUGAUGAUCUUCUACCAAACAAGACCCUAAGGGAUACUAUAAACCGUAUGUUGGAGUCUGGUAACAGUAGUGCUGAAAACGCUGGCAGCAUGUGUCAAGUCCAAGAUAUGGAGUCUGCACGAUGUCCACCUCCCAAGGUUCUGUCACCUACUACAUCUGUUGCAUCUGGAGACAAAAUGAAACCAGCUCCUAGUAACAACAAUGAGACGUCAACUCUAAAGCCGUCGGUCGAAAUAGCGGAGAUCACAAGUGCUCCUCGGGAGACUACAGAAGUGGUUAAAGUGGAAAAGCCAGAUGAUGCAUCUGAAAACACUCAAGGAUCCUUGAAUGGCAAGGAAGCAGCAGUUCCACAGCUGAAUACGCAGGCACCCAAGGAAGAAAUACCACAGCAGGUUGCUUCUGGGGAGCAAGGAAAAAGAAAAAAAAAGAAACCUCGGGUGCCUGGAACUGACAUGCAGUGGAAUCCCAUGUCAAAUCCAGCAGGCCCUGACUAUAUGAUGCCCAAGGGUCCAGGUCCUGGUAAUCAGUACUUCAAUGGUGUGCAACUCGGCUUCAACGGCGUUCAACCUGGGUUCAAUGGCAUUCAUCAUGGUUUCAAUGGGUUUCCAGGCCCUUUUCCUGGCUCGAUGCCUCCUUUUGUUGGCUAUGGAUUAGGGCCCAUGGACUUGUCGUUUGGCAACAUGAUGCAUUCAGAUCCUUUUGCUGCACAGGGCUUCGGGUUCCCUAAUCUACCACCACCCCAUAGGGACCUUGCAGAGAUGGGGAAUCGUAUGAAUCUCCAACGUCCUAUUAUGGGGAGAGAGGAAUUUGAAGCUAAGAAAGCUGAGAUGAAAAGAAAGCGUGAAAACGAGAGACGUUCAGAAGGAGGGAAUGUCUACAGGGAAGGUGAGAAGAACCGAAUGAUGAACAAUAACUCAGCAGCCUCUUCCUCGCCCAUGAAACCAAAAACUAAACAGGGACCUCGACCACCGAUUUCGCCUGAUUACGACCGUCGCCGGCGAUCGGAGAAAUUGUCACCGGAGCGUCAUUCAUCCCGGAGGCACAAAUCUCCCUCUCGAUCAUCCAGCAGGAGAUCUGAGCGUGAUCACCACCAUGACCGUCAUCAAGAUAUGAAUUCCGAACAUGACCGCCGCCGUGACCGUCACAGAGAGACAGAUCGCAAGCACCGUAAAAGAUCCGAAAACCAAUCAUCGGAGCCAACUGCAGCAGAGAUCGAUGAUGACAACAAGUCCAGCGUAUUCGCUCGCAUAAGCUUCUUAGAGGAGGAAUCAUCUAGCAAGCACCGGAAGACAUCAUCUAAGUCUUCUCCAGCAGCAUCACCUCCAGAGAGCUCGGUGGUUGCGGCUGUUUCAUCGGGUCGUCGUCACAGUCGGAGGGAAAGAGAGUCGGCAGAACACGAUUCCAGUGAUGAUGAAGACAGACAUUUCAAGAGGAAGCCAUCAAGGUACAAGCGAUCUCCUUCGGUGGCGUUUUCUGACGCCGGUGGUGAUGAGCAUUUCCGCCAUUCCAAGCGAUCGAAAGGAGAGAGAUCACGAGCUUGA